GACGUGUGUUGGUAUAUGAUCACAGAACAGAGAAAUCCACGUUAGACCUCUUUGCACAGCUUAGUUCAGAACACUGACCUAAAAACAAAAGCAACUGAAGACAAAAACUAAAAUACAUAUGUGGUGUUUACUGAGCACAAAUAUCACACAGUGAUUAUGAAUGUUUGAGUUUUACAGAUAAACUGUUCAGAUGAAGAGAAGGGAGUCAGGCAAUUGAGAGCAGACUCCUCCCUAUGAACUUUAGAAAGAUCUUCUUCUGCUGAGGCUCAUUCCUCAUCUCCACCACAGCAGAGAUAUGCUUAAAACCUGGAUCUGCUUCUUCCUCCUCCUUUCAGGGGGGAGGACAUUUAUGAUCCACAACACUCAGCUCAGCCUGUGUCUGGAGGACUCAGAGGACAAAGUCCUCUUGAAGAAGUGCAACCUGGACUCAGAAUCUCAGCAGUGGGUCUGGACCAACCAGGGCAUGCUGAUGUGUGUCUCGUCCUCCAGAUGUUUAACCUCUGAAGGAAAUGAGCUGGUCCAGACUCGGCCCUGCAACAGGCCAGAUGUGGAUGCUGCAGGACUAAAAUGGGACUGCAACAGCAGCAGACUUAUCAGCAGAAACACCUCCAUGUUCCUGUCCAGCAACGGCAAGCAUGUGACUCUCAGCCAGCACAGCAAGCAUUCAAAGUGGAGGUCUCUGGAUGAGGGGGACAUCUGCCAGGACAGACUCAGAAUGAGGAGAGCAUCAGAAGACUCGGGCCAGUUUGAGUAUGAAGACGAGUCAGCCAGAGAGCAAGGCAUGACGGAGGAACAGAGGGAGUAUCUCCGCUGGUACUACCGCACAGAGGACCCAACCACAUGGAAGUUUGUUCUUCUUGGACUGGCCUUUAUUUGUUUGCUCAUUGGUUUUCUGCUGCUGGGAAUGGGAGCUGUGGCCAACAAGAACAGAAAGAAGAUAGCUAAGUACAAAGCAGCAGCAUCUUUCUUAAAAAAAAGUGAAGAUGAGGAGCUGCGAGUCAUUUCCCCGUCCAGAGACAACGGUGCAUCUUCACAGCAUGAUGGGCUGCUGCAGGUGCACAAGUCCUCCAUGUCCAGCAGGGACACCAGCGAGCUCAAAGCAGGAGACAUUGUGGUCACAUGGAGAGAUGGAAACACCUCCAACCUGUACCCAGGUCCUGAAGAGAAAGGGAAAUGGAAGGAGGACAAACAGAAAGAGGUGUCAAAUUCUGAGGAGGAGGCUCAUGAUGGAGAGAUGAAGAAUGAAACUGAGCCUGAUGUAGAGUUCAUAAAGUAAAUCUCAACAUAACGAUGACCACUAAUGUGUAGUAUGACUGAAUCCAGGCACUCAUGGAUCAAUACCACUGAUUACUGAUCGUUGUCUGGAUUUUCAUCAAUGUGUUUAAAUGAUGGCAAACCUAAUCAGCCUGAAAUGUUAAUGGAGCAUCAUUAAAUCCUUUCAUCA